GGAUGACAACGAGUUCAAACUGCAGGCAAAAUGAAGCAUUACGAGGUGGAGAUUUUGGAUGCCAAGACCAAGGACAAGCUCUGCUUCUUGGACAAGGUGGAGCCCAAUGCAACCAUUGGAGAGAUCAAGUCGAUGUUCCAUAAGAGCCACCCACAGUUCUAUCCCGCCAGACAGUCCAUCCGUCUCGACCCCAAAGGAAAAUCUCUGAAGGAUGAAGACGUGCUGCAGCACUUGCCUGUGGGAACCACGGCAACCUUCUACUUCAGAGACCUGGGAGCCCAAAUCAGCUGGGUCACGGUGUUUUUGACAGAAUACGCCGGCCCGCUGAUCAUCUACCUGAUGUUUUAUUUCCGUGUGCCGUUUAUUUACCAGCCCAAAUACGACUUCACCACGAGCAAGCACUGGGUUGUACACUUGGCUUGUAUGUGCCACUCCUUCCACUACGUCAAGAGACUCCUAGAGACACUGUUCGUCCACCGCUUUUCUCACGGGAUGAUGCCUCUACGCAAUAUCUUUAAGAACUGUACAUACUACUGGGGAUUCGCAGCGUGGAUGGCUUACUACAUCAACCAUCCGUUAUACACACCACCUACCUACGGAGAGCAGCAGGUGAAAGUGGCCCUCAUUAUUUUCCUGUUCUGCCAGAUCGGAAACUUCUCAAUCCAUAUCGCACUGAGAAAUCUACGACCACCAGGUUCUAAAACUAGGAAGAUCCCGUAUCCGACUAAAAACCCUUUUACCUGGAUCUUUCUGCUUGUGUCCUGCCCUAACUACACAUACGAGUUGGGCUCAUGGCUGGGCUUCACCCUGAUGACUCAGUGCCUGCCGGUGGCCUUCUUCACCCUAGUGGGCUUCAUCCAGAUGACCGUGUGGGCAAAAGGGAAACACCGCAGCUACCUGAAGGAAUUCCGUGACUACCCACCUCUGCGUUCCCCCAUCCUGCCGUUCAUACUGUAGACCUGGCCUGCACAAAAACCACAGCUCCUGCCUCACAUCACCCCGUCUGAACCAAUCACCUUCAAAAGACCGUGUGUCCUUCCUGGUUCUCAGCACACCAUCUCACGAUACCUAAACCUUUCACCAGAAGCUGUUUUCACAGCACUGAAGAUUUUAUUAGCUUGAUUAUAAAUGAUUAAACCUG